GCACUCCCUUGUGCUCAAGCUGACUGCGGCUCCACCUACAACCUGGUACCUUUUGGUCCACGCCCCUGUAAACACACCAGUGUAUCUUCACACAACUCUACACACCCUGAAGACCAGGAUCCAGGCAGGUUACCAAUGAUCAUGAUGGCGCAUUCAGCUGUAAGCGUACAGCCAGCAAUGAUGGUGACCACUGACAAUCUGAAGAUUAACCAGUGGAGCAGUGGAGUGUGUGACUGUUGUGAAGAUAUGAGCAUCUGUUGCUGUGGUUUCUGGUGUCCCUACUGCCUGAUGUGUAAAACCAGCGAGGACUUUGGAGAGUGUCUCUGUCUCCCUCUGCUGGAGAUGUGCUUUGGUGGCAUGUUACAUCCUAUCACCCUCUCCAUGAGGAGCAGUAUGAGGGAGAGAUACCACAUAAAGGGUUCAAUACAAGAUGACUGCUGUGUGGUGGCCUGCUGCACUGUGUGUGUCUGGUGUCAAAUGGCGAGAGAGCUGAAGAAUCGACGUCGCUCCCUAGUGGUCAUUAACCCUGCCAUUAACCCAGUGCACCAGCAGCCGCAAGCUUUCAACCACCCGGGUCAAGUCCCCAAUAUGGCCUACCCACCCAUGAAUCCUUCAUAUUAAUCUCUGCAGGACAUAAGAGCACAUUUCUGUGUUCCUCAGUAAGCACCUGGUGAUCUAUUGGCAUUAUAGUGCAAAAGAAAUCUAAUCAUCAUUUCAAAGUUUAUAUUACAGUGUGUAAAAGUGCCUUUAUAUAUAUGUUUUGCACGACCAUUUUAACGACAACAUUUUAGCACUUUCUUCUAUAGA